GAUCAAAUCCUCAACCUAUCCAUUACUCCACCUCCUUUUCCUUCUCCCUUUCAGUUACAAACUUCUCCAUUUUCUCUCUCCUUCUCUUCAUAUCAGAACAACAAUCCUAUCUUCUGUCUCAAAGCCCUCCUCAUGGCAUAUGAAAUUGAGGGCGUAAGAUAUGAAGAGGAAUUUAUACUGAAUUCAAGAGGAAUGAAGCUUUUCACGUGCAGAUGGUUGCCUGCAAAUCAUGAACCAAAAGCUUUGAUCUUUUUGUGCCAUGGUUAUGCCAUGGAGUGCAGCAUCUCUAUGAAAGGUGCUGGGACUCGGCUAGCCAAGGCAGGUUUUGGAGUAUAUGGGAUGGACUAUGAAGGACAUGGAAAAUCAUCAGGGCUUCAAGGCUAUGUGCCUUGCUUUGAAGAUCUUGUCACAGACUGUUCCGAUCAUUAUACGAGCAUUUCUGAGAGGAAGGAGAAUAUGAAGAAGUUGCGAAUUUUAUUAGGAGAAUCCAUGGGAGGAGCUGUGGCUCUACUCUUGCAUAGAAAGAAGCCAGCUUCAUGGGAUGGUGCUGUUUUGGUUGCACCCAUGUGUAAGAUAGCAGAUGAUUUGAGGCCAAACCCAUUGGUGAUUAAAGUAUUGACCAAGCUAUGCAGUGUCAUUCCAACAUGGAAAAUUAUUCCAACUCAAGAUAUUGUUGAUGUUGCCUUCAGAGACCCUGAAGUCAGAAAGGAGAUUCGGUCAAACUCGUACUGCUACACAGACAAACCACGGUUACAAACGGGCAAUCAACUAAUGGCUGUCAGCUUAGAUCUCGAGCAAAGACUUGACGAGGUUUCAUUACCAUUUCUAGUUGUCCAUGGGGGUGAUGAUAAAGUGACUGACCCAGCCGUGAGCAAGCUCCUAUUUGAAACGGCUUGCAGCAAAGACAAGACUUUCAAGUUGUAUCCAGGGAUGUGGCAUUCACUCACCUACGGCGAGUUGCCGGAGAACAUCGAUGCCGUGUUUUCCGACAUUGUUGCUUGGUUGGAUGAGAGAGUUGCAGCAAGGAAUGCCAAGUUGGAAUAUGAACAAAAACUUGAAAAUGAUAAAUUUCUCCAAGGCAAUUCCAGCAAAGAAGUUUUUGUGGUAGACUUGUAAAACUGCAAUUGGCAUAAAAUGGGUGAUGGCUUGAUUAAAAUGGUGCAAGCUAAGCUAGAGAUCCUAGUUAACAUUUACCAAUGUAUUUAGAAAAUAUAUUUAUAUAAUAUUUAGACAAAAUCAGAAUUUCAAUAUAUGAGGUAAAUUUAAACUUGGUGUGCUUUUCUAAACAUUUUUCUGAAUUUUUAUUUA